CAAAAUGAAGGGUCCAGAGUGAAGCAUUUUGCCUUCUUCCUUGACGAUAAGUUUCUGCUUGAAGACCCAUAAACAAGCCUACGAGAGAGCAGAAGAAAUGUCUCUGAUUUUGCCGUUCUCUACUUCCCGGAUCGUUGCUCUACCUGGCUCCAUCUCUUCUUCAUCAUCCUCCGGGACCCGUAAUCUUGCACCGCCAAGGGUAACCAAUGGUGGGUUGGUGAUAGAAUGCUCUUCAAGGCCAAGGAAGAAGGCGACCUCCCAUCACAUGAAGACAAGGCCACGCAAGUCGCAGCCAUGGGACAUUAAGCGCAAACCCACCGUAUACGCGCCUCUACCCCCGCUCCCGCCUGACUGGACUCUGGUUCCCAGCGGUGCCAGCGAUUCUGCAGAUGCCGCGGAGCCUGGUUCUGCUCCACCGGCGCAGGUUACAAGUGGGUAGUUUCUUGUUUGUUGUAAUGUCAAUUGCCGUUCCUUUUUAAGAUUCUGUGAUUGAUAGUCUAAUUAUGGGUUUUAUGUUUAAAUGACGAAUGACAUGUCUUGUAGUUGUACUCUGAGAUGGAGCUUAAAUUCGAUCAAUUGAGAAUACUGGUUCUGCCCACUACCUGUUUGAUUUUU